UUAGAAGAGUUUUUAGAGAGCCUGUCCAAUGUGGCUUCUUCUAAAGCACUUUUGUAAUAGUUAGUGCUUUUAAAAGUUUAGCGUUCAAAUAAAAAUUAAGGUAGCUUUUUUCGAAAGUUUUCUAUAGAAGUAGAAGCAAAAGUCAUUUCAAAUUGACCCUUAAUGGUUAAUACAUAGCCACGGGCAUGAUCCUUAGCCAUGGCUUGGUCAUGUUUGACCCAACCCAGUAUGUUCUGUGCCAACGGCUACACACAGAGGCCUAUGUAGUGGUAGCAAUAGGCUAAGCUGGUCUGCCCAUGAGCUUGGCUAUUCAAAGUAGCUUACGUUCGUUCAAGCACGAGCUGACGAGUCCAGUUGAUGAGAUAAUUUUUUUUUUUUUUUUAGACCUUUUUUUUACAUUUUUUACAAACCCACUGGCUUGGGAAAUUUAGGCUCGUUGGUCGUGCCCACGACUCGACUCGUCCAAUGAACCCUCAUUCCGAGCUGUCCAUAGGUCAAGCUUUCAAGUUGAAGAACUACUUGACCCUUUUGUACAUGCCCUGCAUGGCUCAAGUUGUGCUGUGGAGGAACAGUGCUACACUUACACAGAGCAGUGUAGUCCAUCCCCAUAAAAUAUUCACAUGGGGCCACUCUUAUGUGACUACCUUGUAGAACAUCUAUGAGAAAAUUCCCAGUCUAGAGGGCAUUUUCCAAUAUCUAAUGAUAUGUCGGGAUUUACUAAUAACUGCAGGCUAGUCUCCGAACUUAGUGUUGUUUCGUUUGUCACUAAAUCUUUUUUGGUUUCAAAAUUAAUUAUUGAGCUUUCAUUUUGUUGUUUUACUUUAGGAACUCUGUAUUCAUUAAUGCAAUUUUAUUUGAACCAAAAAUUGUAAAUGAGAAAAAAUUAAAAACAUAUGACAGGUAGGAAAAAUUUCAAGAACAAACAAGAGUCUCAAUUAAGUACGUGGUACACGAACCCUUCAGACGUGUAACAUUGAUACAACUGCGUGUAAAACCUAGUAAGUCCACCGAUUGCCAACAUUCUCAAACCUCUGCACCCCUCAAAUUCGCCCUAAAUGAAAUUUCCCAUUAAUUGGUUUAUGAAUUUUAUAGUUCGAAUUCCAUUCAAUUAUUAUGAGUAUUCUGGUGAUAUUUGAUGUCAAUUUAAUUUAAAUGUUAUAAAUAUUCGAUUAUCACGGUCCUUCCUACCGUGGCGAAUGUGUUGUUGAAUUUCGAAUUUUCAUUCUUAUGUAUCAAAAUUUGGAAAUCUCUAUCUAUCAAUUUCAUUUGAAUUAUUGAUAUUUUCCAUUUUUACAGAUUAAUUUGCCAUAACAAUCCAAAUCUGUAAGUGUCCCAAUUCCUGAAGAUCACCAUUAGCUGGCACUGCCAAAUUUUCCCUCUUCUCAAUAUUCUGCAGUCCCCAUCCCCUAUAUAAUAAACAACCUACACCCAUGCACAACCGCAUUCAAACCCUCACAAUUUUUCCAUUAUGCAGACUCCAGAAUUGGGUGAUUACAUUGGGGUGGAGAGUUGUGUUGAUAUGAAAACUGACCUGGAUACGGACGUCGCUGGUCGGAGUAUGAAUAAUCGGCGGCGGGAAAUGAGUCGAGAAACGGCGGAGAAAAUUUAUCCGCCACCAAUUCCGUGGCUGGCGCGCACUGGAAAUUUUCCAUCUCACAUGCCGUGGGUGAUGAAUAAGUAUUAUACGAAUGAUGGGAGAUUGAUUAUCAGAGAAGAAAAAGUGAAGCGCCAUGAGUAUUUCGAAGCGCACAGGUCCAAUGGUAGGCUGAUACUGAAUUUAAUACCCUCUGACGACGAAGUUGAUGACGAUGAUGAUCAGAUUGAUGAAAUCGACGGACAGGAUACAAGAACAGAAGAAGAUCAGAUGGAGGAGAAUGAAGAAAUGGUGAUGGAGGAGUCUGAUCAAUGUGGAGGUGGGACCGGGUGCUGUAGUAUGGGAGCAAACCCACAAGGGUUUCCGGUCGCAGUGCCACCGUUUAGGCCAGUUCAUAGCUAAGCACCCCACUCACCCACGCCACCCCAACCCACCCUUUGAUUUCAACCUGCAAGUUAAUUCAUUGAUUAAUUAGUAAAUGAGAGCUUAAUAUUUUCAUUUUGCUUUACAUAUUGAACAGCA